GAUGGAAACACUGAUGUAAACACCUCUUGAACGCAACCAUUCGGCGCGUCGCGGCUCGACAUUCCCCAAAACCCGCGUAAGCCUUCCCACUCACGCAUCCAACGACCACCACCAGGCCCACGUCACCACACCCGCAACAAAAGCACACAACGAUGUCAAAGCACACAACAAUACCAAAGCACACAACAAUACCAAAGCACACAACAAUACCAAAGCACACAACAAUACCAAAGCACACAACAAUACCAAAGCACACAACAAUACCAAAGCACACAAACACAGCACCUCCAUGGCGCAAAAGCGCGCACACCCCGACAGCAUCCCAGACACAUUCCACUCCUCAAAAAUCACUGAGCAAACAUCAAGUUUCAAAGCCGUAUUCUCACCAACCCUAAGCGCAACCGCACUGCAACGGCUCCCAGAAUUCCUCAGCGCAACACACCGCAUAUCUGCAUAUCGCGUGCGCUCGCGGCAAAAAACGCUAACUUCCUCAACGCACCUAUUCGACACGGCUCACGAUGACGACGGCGAGUCCUGGGCCGGCGGCCGUCUGGCGCGCGUGCUGCACGACACGCAAGCCGAGGGCGCCGUCGUGGUAGCGCGCUGGUACGGCGGUACUAACAUCGGGCCUGUGCGGUUCACGUGCAUCGAGAAGUGUGCCAAGGAGGCGAUUUGGAAGUGGAAAGUCGCGACCAAUGCGGCGGGGGAGGAGGAGCGGAGCAAGAAGCAGAGGGCUGGCGAGGAGGCGAGGAGGAGCGAGCUGGUUCAGGAGUUGGAGCGGAGGGAUCGCAGCAUCACGGCGCUGAGGGGGCUGUUGGCGGAUAAGAAGGCGACGCUGAGUGGGGACGUGGUUGCGCCGCUUCACUUGUUGAAGCCGGUGGAGUACGGGAAGAUGGGGCUUGAUGUGCUCAGGAGGCUGGAUAAGGCGAGGGAUGCGACGAUUGGGGCCAUCUUGACGGAGAUGGACAAGGUUGACAAGGAGCUGGAGAGGGUGUUGUCUAGGCAGUAGUUGUGUAAUGUACAGUCGUAAUGUACAGCCUCACUCGAUUCCUCCGUCCAGCAGCACCCCCUCUUCUAGUGGCUGAGAUUCCCCCGUCCCUUGACCAGUCUGCGCAUCAACAACUUCCGCCCCUUCUUCGUCCUCAACCGGCUCAGAAAGCCAUGUCGGCGCUUCCGCACAAUAUGCGAGGGGUUGUACGUAUCGCGCGGUCCGCAGCGAAUCUGCGUGCCCGCAAAGGCC